CCGCGGGGGUAGGGGGCGGGGAGGAGGGUCGGCUGCUGCAGCGCCCGGCGCCCGCUCUGCUCCCGGCAGCCGAGGGCGCGGCGAGGCGAGGAGAGGAGGUCGCCCGGCGCUCGAGGUGGACAAACUUUCCAGCUGCUUCUCGUCGCCGCUGCCUGGGAGGGGGAGUGUCUGCCCGCCGCCCGCCCGCUUAUAAGGAGCUGCGAAGUCCAAAUGUCACAGAGCCGGGAGGCUGCGGCUCCUCCAGGGCUUCCUCCCGCGGCAGCCCAGCGGGCUCUACAGGAAACAAUCUGCUGCCAAACUUCAGUAUAUCAUUUCAGAAAGAGCCAGGUUGAAUUGCUUCUCUCCGUGUCUGUUUCUGUACAGGAAUGCAGCCACAUGCUGUCAGUAGCCCAGGCCAGAAGCUGGGGAGUGCUAAAUCAUGCCUUCCUGCUCAGCUGGAGCAAACGGCUUGGGCCAAGGCUAGCCUGCCCACCCUGCGAAGAUGAUAUAGUAACAGAUCUCUGGGAAGGAGUGAGAUUGGCUUCAAAGAUCUAUUAACUGACCAGAGAAAACACAAAAUGGACAAUUUCUGAAGAUUUAGUUAGAAGGCAAAAAUUAACUUUAAAACAUAAAUUGGACUUCAAGGAGUAAGAUAUUUUAAAAAGCAUCAGAAAAUUGGAAAUUCCUUGGUUCGGCCAAAAGUCUCAGGAGAAUGGAUAGCAUUGAGACAGCAAAGCUUGAAGAACACAUGGAAGGUCAGAACAAUGAGACCUCAAAUGGCUAUGCUCGACCUACCCUAUCUGUCAGCGAAGAGAGCAAAAACGGCAAUAGCAAACCAAAGGGUUUGUCCAAUGGAUUGCGGAAAAGCACAAAGAAGUAUCCAGACUAUAUUCAAAUUUCUAUGCCUGCUGAAUCUAGGAACAAAUUUCCCUUGGAAUGGUGGAAAACAGGCAUCGCCUUUGUGUAUGCUCUCUUCAACUUAAUUCUAACGACUGUCAUGAUCACCGUAGUUCAUGAGAGGGUACCUCCCAAGGAGCUCAGCCCUCCCUUGCCUGAUAAGUUUUUUGAUUAUAUUGAUCGCGUGAAUUGGGCUUUUUCUGUAUCAGAAAUAAAUGGAAUGAUACUAGUUGGAUUAUGGAUAAUCCAGUGGCUGUUUCUUCGAUACAAGUCAAUAGUGGGACGCAGGUUCUUUUUUAUAAUAGGAACAUUGUACCUGUACCGUUGUAUUACCAUGUACGUUACCACCCUACCUGUGCCUGGGAUGCAUUUUCAAUGUGCUCCAAAGUUGAAUGGAGAUUCUCAAGCUAAGGUGCAGAGGAUCCUGCGACUGAUUUCUGGUGGUGGUCUGUCCAUUACAGGAUCACACAUCCUAUGUGGAGAUUUUCUUUUUAGUGGUCACACUGUAGUGCUAACACUCACCUACCUAUUUAUCAAGGAAUAUUCACCUCGUCAUUUCUGGUGGUAUCAUUUAAUCUGCUGGUUAAUGAGUGCUGCUGGAAUAAUCUGUAUCCUUGUUGCACAUGAACACUACACUGUGGAUGUCAUCAUUGCUUAUUAUAUCACCACCCGGCUCUUCUGGUGGUACCACUCAAUGGCCAAUGAAAAGAACUUGAAGGUGUCUUCCCAAACAAAUUUUCUCUCUCGAGCAUGGUGGUAUCCAAUAUUUUAUUUCUUUGAGAAGAAUGUACAAGGUUCAGUUCCAUGCUGCUUCUCCUGGCCAAUAUCUUGGCCUCCCAGCUGUUUCAAAUCUUCAUGCAAAAAAUAUUCUCGGGUUCAGAAGACGGGAGAAGACAAUGAAAAAUCCACUUGAAGAAAGGAAAGAAAUCAACUGCUCUUCUUUUUACCAAAACAUUAAUGCUAUAACCAAAGUUCUUUGAGGACUGUAUUGUUACGCAAGUGGACCAAAUUUUUGUGCAGUUGAUUGGAAAAACACCUUGUAGACAAAAAUGUCACCCCUUGGUAUAUUUUCUAGUCAUCACAUUGUACAGGCCUGUUCCACUCUUCAGUGCUGGUGUGCACCACUGUUAGGAUUUUUACCUGAGAAAGAAAAGAAGGAGGACUUUGCUUUAUUAAUGAGAUUAAGCGGUGCCAAAGAAUACAUCACGCUCUUCAUUAUUAAUUAUCACUCAUCCACAAAAGCACCCAAACAAAAUCUCUUCAGAGUUCUGGAGUUUAAGGGCAGAAGAAUACUAAAAAUUUAAAUGCACAAUGUCUAUAUAGAAAAAUAUAAAGAAUAACAUAAUGGUGGGAAGUGGUUUAUUGCAUUGUUUUUGCAAAUGAAGGUUAAACCUCCUGAUAAAACAACUGAAGCUGGAAGUGAACCUUGCCAUUUUUACACUAUACUGGGUAUGAAUGUAUUAUGACCCUGAAAUACUACCAACUCCUAUGUAUCCUAUACUACUCUAAACCAUAUUUUUUACACUUUUUUUAUUAGUAAUUUUAUAAAAGUUAAAAAAAAAAAAAAAAAACUGUUGUGCUACUUGAUGACAUUGUGAAAUAGAAAUAAUAGCUGCUAACAUCAUCAGCUCUACAACCUUGGAGAUAUUUUAUUUUUAAAAUUAUAACAAAUAAGAAAAUCAUUUCAAAGUCUAAACCUUUAACGGUGAGAUAAUGUCAGUCUGUAUGUAUUAUGUAUAUAUAGCUAUAUAGCACAUAUACCUAUAUAUACACGUACUUCUGUGUAUUUACACACACAUACAUUAACCAAUAGUAUAUAACUGAAAAGAAAGCUAUUUAUAAUGUGUUUCAAGCAAAAUUUACGCUGUGUUGGUUUUUUUGUUUUGUUUCUUUUUUAUUCAUUCACUUACUUGAGGACUGUAAAGUCAAGUCUCAAAUAGGGAAUGCUUAAAAUAAAAAUAAAAUUAAUUUUAGUUAGUGUUUCAUGCUGAAACUAUGUAGCAUUGUGCUUGACAGCCUCAUGUUAUACAUUGAGAAUAUUAUUAUUUAUGCUUGGCACAAACCUCAGUCUCAUAAACAAGUGUCCAGGCAAAUACCCUAAAACAGUAGCAUUUCUUUGACUAUACCUAACAUCUAUUAUUAAAUGGUGCUGUCAUAUGACUGACUUGCUAAUUCCUUUCUACCAGUGCUGCUUUGUCCAGCCACAGGGUCUACACAAGUAUGUUGGUUAAGAAAUGGGAAAUCACUGCUUCCUUAGAAGCAUGUGCAACGUGCAGAUCAGCAGUUACUAUGGUUCACAUUGUUUUGUUGUAUUUGAUAUUGUUCUUUAGGAAACCAAGUGGAUAAUUAGCACCACAGUGUUUAAGAGUUAAUAAUUUGUUCUGUAUUCAUUUCCUCAGUUAUGCUAGUAUUUUACUUCCAAACCUUCAGUAAAAGCUGACAGUGGAGGGAAUAUCCAUAUUAAUAGUUGGUUUAACCUUUAACAUAAUUGAAAUACAAACUCUUUUAAGAAUGCCUUGAAAAGCUUUGAAUGACAAGUGUGAACACUGAAAAAAGAAAUUAAAUAAUGACAACCUCAGUUUUAAAACUUCUAGUUAAAAAGUUGCUAUAAAUAAAAUGCAAUUUAGAGUACUUGGAUCUGAUCUCUUUUUCAGAGGGCCAAUAACUAUAAAAAUGUACACGAGAGAAAUGAUUUUUACCUUGCAUUUCAGAUUAUUUAAUAAUGCACAAAAGUGUAAUAGUUUUUUCCUUACAGGGCAUCCUGAUAAAAUAUAGUUAAAUAAGUAACACUAACCUUGUUCUCUUUUUAACUGUUUUGUCAUAUUUCACUAGAAAUAUUAUGCACCAUAUUUGGGACUCUUUUAUGUUAUGCAGAUAGACACAUUAAUCUCAGAGUUUUUUGUUUCUGGCAGAACUCUUGCCUCAAGUAGAUAACUCUUACACUGUGAAAGCAGUAUUUCUUCAGUUUUGAGCUGCAUAGUCUUAGUGAACAGUAUAGGGUUGGUCCUUUACAGAAUAAAAAGUUCUGUGGUUUUUCUAUUUUCUUAAACCAUUAUGUCUUUGAAGUAACAGACUUCUGUGCUGUAGCUAAAUCAGCCAAGUCAUGUUUAAUUAUUUUUGUUUGUACCACUCCCAUUGCCUUUGGAGGGAAAUGUAAUGUAUCUCUUUAGUAGUAAAUCUGCUUCAGGAUGAGUGCUGUGAAAGAUGUUAUUGGAGCAUUCUAAGCAGCAUCAAAAACUAUGGUUUUCAUCUGGUAACCUGUUAAAUUACUGAAUAAUAAAUUGCCUACAUAGAUCACGAAAGAGUUCCAAUGAGAGAUUCCAAUGAGAUGCUUAGAAAGCUAAUGACUUGCCUGCAACUUCUCUGUUCAAAAAACAGUAUACUUCUGAAUUUAUGAAAUAACUUGCCUUUUUCUGAAAACAAAAUUAGGUAAAUGAUAGUAUUUUCUAAGAUUUCUUAUACUUUUGACAAUAGGAUCUUUCCUUUUGACCUUGUAACUCAAUAGAAAAUAAUAAUCAGUUAUUGAAUAAAGUUUGCUUGAAUUCCCUUUUUGUUUAAACAAAGACGACUUAAAAAUGAGUCUGUAGCUCAAUAAAUUGAAUAAAUUCUAAUUUUGGCACAAUUCUCUUAAUGCUUAAAUUUUCUCCAUUCUUAACUUGAUAAAAGCAGAGGGCUUUUUAGCUUUUAAAUAAUAGUGACCUUUUCCCAUUAUCUCUCCAUAACUUUAAAGUAUGGGAAAUGAACAAAAAAGGGAGUGGGGAUUUACCUCAUGUCACCUGUUUUGUCGUAACUUUUUUCAUGUGCUUGUCCUUACCCUAUGGUAAAUGGAAGCUUAAACACAGUAGUUUUACUACUCAGUGAAAUAGGGCUAAGUUUAUUAUAGUUUAGCACAGUGGUGCCUGGCUCAACCCUGUGGGCCAAAUAUGUGAUGCAGGGCUGGAUCCAUGUGGUCAGUCCAUGAGUGUGAUCUGGUACAUUGGCCCAGCCCUGUGAGCUGGACCCAGCCGUGGAGUUACUCUGCACCAGAGCCUGGCCCCACGGUCUGGAUCUAGCCACCACCCAACCCGAGAUGCCAGCGUAGUCUGGUGCGUUAAGGUGCUGUCAUUCAGACUGCAUGGCUCCCUCCUCGUCUGGAAAUUUGGCAGCAGGGGAGUAGUAGCAACGUGAAUUUCUGUGGCUUUCCAAAACUGCUGCAACCAUUCCCCCACUGCCAAAUUUUUAGACCCGUGGGAAGCCUGGAUUCAGCGUGCGGGCCAGAGAUUGAACCAUACUAGUUUAGCACAUAAACAAUUACAGCAGAAAUAAUUUGCACUAAUUUGUUUGUUCCUGCCCUUUUGUUUCUUACUAGUGUAAACUAAAUAUCUUUUAUCCUUUUACUUUAAAAAAAAAAAAAAAAAAAGUACGUAUCUCAUUCAGGAACAUCUGGAGCUUAAAUAUGUUCAAGAACAGUAUACUGUGCCUUAUACUUUCACAUUACCCAUUUCUGUAUGUCCACUGUAAACACUCAAAGCACACAUAGGCCACUGCUAGCUUAUGUAUAUAAAAAGAAAAAGCGUAAGAAUUUCCAGUAAUUAUGAUAAAUUACUGAAUUACAAAGCAACUCCAAUACAAACAUUCAAGCUGGAAAGUAGGUGAAUAAAAGAAUAAAAUCAAAAAGGAAGACACUAACUUGGAAUUUGUUCAAAUGCAACUUCACAGUUCUGGGCAUUGCCUUUUAUUCAGGUUGCCAUUUCACAUACAUAUCAUUCAAUUAAAGUUUUCUGUGAUUUUAUUUGAUUGCUGUCUAUAGUAACACCUGUGUCCCUUGCCAGAUGCCCAUAAGCAGAGCCGCUCAAUUUAGGGUUUGUAAGACUUCUGAAGUCCAUCCCUGGAACCUCAGUGUGUGUACCUGCUGUACCAGUAAAGUCAUAGUUACUGCUGAAUGCUUGAUUGGCAGGUCUGAAAACAGGUGUUUAAGCUACCUGCCUUAUUGGAGUUACAAGUCUGACUUGAGCAUUCAUAUUAAAAGAACAUUGGCCAUGGUGAUUAGUUACUAAGUUUAAUUUAUCAGGAUCAUGGGGUAGAUGGCAUGCAACAUAUCUGUCAGAUAAAGCAGCUAAGUCAAGUUUUGAAUACAACUGUGGGUUUUUACCUCCAUUAUAUGUACUUAGUGCUCCCCUGUGGAGAUAAAGGAUAUGUGUCUAGCAUCACUCAACUCACAAAAGGAAUAUUGACAAAAGGAACUAUAAAGGGUUAGACUGCCAGUUCAAGAAAAAUAAAAUCAAACCACGUUUUCCUAAUACUAGAACCAAUUCCCCUACCCCCAUACAGCCCCAUUGCUUCUUAAGACAAACAAAAGAAAGUGGAUAACUUGACAAUGGGUUUUUGUUCAUUUUGACACUGCUGCAUUACUGUCUUUUGGUAAGAAUCCACAAAUAAAAAUGUUCUUGUGAUAUUGACAGCACACAAAGGAAAAUCCUUUUUUCAUGAGAUUUGCAAUCAUGAUGUCAAUGCUUUUUGACAAACCUUGAAUUCAGUCAGUCCUACAAACUUUCGAGUUUCACCAGUCACUAGCGAUUUCAUGGCCAGAUAACACAUCUCACUUGUUAAAUCAUUAUGAUAACAGCAAAGGUUUAUUUCUGUUAGAUUUGAAAUAUGCUCUAGGGCUUUAGGAUCUGAUUUCUCAUCUACAACUCAAAGGGGCUGAAUCAGGCCCAUAAAGAGAGGCCUCAAUAUGCAGGUUUCAGUUCUGCCCCAGGCUCACUCAUUGACUCGUGCUCAUUUAGAGAAGUCACUUUUGUUCUCUGGGACUAAUUUAUCAGUUCCACUGAGCAUCAAGUUGCAGUGGUCUUUCCCAGGAAUAGACUCAAUGGGCACAUCAACACGUGCAAUUAAUGCAAAGCAAUACGCUAGUAUCAGCUGGAGGUCAUUGCUCCUGAGUGCCAUGUUUACAUGUGCACUUUGGACUGCAUCAUGUUGAGCUGGAGAGUCAACCUGCCAGACUGGAGCUGCUCCAACCUGGCUUAACAUGCUGCAGAGAGGCUGACUGGGGCAUGAGGGUACUCAAGAACAGGGCUUGCCAGCAGCUAGUCCCUGUACUGAAGCACCCUCAUGCCCAAACCAGCCCCACAUGUGCAUUGCUUCAGAGUAAAUAACUCUGCCAUAGGAUAGUACUUGUAUUUACAAGUACUAACCUACCUUGGAGUUAAUUAGUUUACUGGUGCCUAAUAGAGCUGCAGUGUAGAUAUGGACACUUUACUACAGAGCUAAUUAGCCAGCUGUGCAGUAAUUGUCUCGUGUAGACACUCCCAGUGUAUAUGAAAAUUUAAUCUUUCCUCACAUCAGUUUGAUGGCUUAAAAAGACUGUUUCUCUGUCUCUCAGUACUAUUGUGUAGUUGUACUAUAUACAAACUACUUCUUAAAUCAUUGGAUAAGUGCUGCAGAAGUGCAAAAUACUUUCUUGAACUAGGAGUUUGACAAUGUAGUUUAAAUAAACGAAUGAAAUAUGUUUUGAGUUCUAGUUCUGCAUUAAGCACAGCAAGAGACAGUCCACAUUUCAACCGUAAGGUGUUCUUUUUGUAGUGGCUGAAUCUGACAGUCAUUCAAAUCAAUGUUGCAGUUGAAGUACAUGCAAGAAUAAUUUCCCAACAUAAUAUAUUAAUGUCAUUUUAUUGUUAUGCAUUAGAGGCCAGUGAUAUGGAUAUUGCAAAGCUGUGUUGUGGAAUUCUAUUCAUAACAAACAUUGGGAACCAAGUCAAAGUUAUCCAGUUGAGUAUCUCAUGCAAACAUAUACUUAAAUUAGCAUGUAUAGCCUGUGAGCUUUACUUUACUUAGCAAUAUACUGUAUAUUAGAAUUAAAUCUAGGAAGGAAGAGGGAAACUUGAAGCUAGUAUAUGAAGAUUCAAGAAGCCAUAAACACUAUAUUUGCCAAGUUGGAAGGUAAAACUAUUACAUAGGAACAUUUAUUUAAUGCUUCAGGAUAUGGAGAUGCAUUGCAGAACAUGUAUUAAUGGUUAAAAAUUAGCCAGUUAAAUUGUCUUCGAAAUAUAUUCUUUCAAUGCAAGUGCCUUAUUUUAUAGUCCAGUUUUAUGUCUCUUCCUGUACAUUGUGAAAUAUGUUGAUUUCCUUCGAUUACUUCCACUAUAAGAAAAUGUGUAUCAGGUAUAUGUUACUCUAAGGACGUGUUAUUAGGAUAUGUUUGCAGAUUUUAAUCAAAACUCUCUCUUUCAGACACUUGCUAUAACUUUCAAAUUGUCAUUAAAAGUAUCACACAACCUGUACUAAUGCAUAUAAGGGUGCAUUAGCACUUCUGCUAGUAAGCUCCUGUUUCCAUGGAUUUAAUUAUUUGAUUGUGAAAUACCACACCAUGCUGAAAUGUAGCACAUGAGUUUUGGGCCAAGGUCAAAUAUUUUGACAAAUGUUGGCAAAAAGUUCUGCUUUAAAAUUAGUUUGUAUUACAAUAGAUGGGUAUUAGUCUUUUCAAACGAAUUCCUCAAACUGCAUUACUUUUUAAGGUGGAAUGUUGAAGCUAAUAGUUUCUAAUGUAGUUUUGUUUAGUGCCUUUGAGUGUUUGUUUUUCUUUGGGGUGGACGCUGGUGAUGAAGAAUCACUAUGUUUAAUUUGCUUUCAGUGGGAACAUUUUUAAUCUAAAUGAAUAAUAUAAAGGCUUUUAUAGAAAUA